AUGCUCGUGGGCAUCUCGCAGUUUGGCUGCGCGGACCGCCGGACGAACAUCAAACACGGGAACUGCGGCGUCGCGUUGGGGUCUGGCUUGGUGUUUCCGUCCGCGGCGAACAACAUCAAGCCGCACCAGCCGCUGGCGACGAAGAACCGCAUCGAUAACAACGGGAACUGGUCCGAGGGGACGUGA